GAGGGAGUAUACUAUCACUUGGGGUUUCCUUCGCUUUCUUAUCUCACUUCUUCUCCCUCCUCCGCCAACUUAUGGCGCUUCUUCACCUUGCCCCACCCUUUCCUGGGCGCCUCCCUCCACUUUCCUGUAAAUUCCGGCCAAUAUCCGGCGAAUACUGGGCCUCCCAACCAUCGCAAAGAAAAGAGCUUUUCAACCGAAUUGCUCCGUCCUACGAUAAUUUGAACGACUUGUUUAGUCUAGGGCAACAUCGUGUAUGGAAGCGGAUGGCAGUCUCAUGGAGCGGAGCUACAUUAGGGUUGGUUUUUUUUCGGCUUUCUGAUGGCUACAGAGCGAAGGAUGGAGAUUAUGUUCUUGAUUUGUGCUGUGGAAGUGGAGAUCUCACGUUUCUUUUGUCUGAGAAAGUUGGAGUUUCAGGAAAGGUGACUGGCCUUGAUUUCUCUAGAGAGCAGUUGUCCAUUGCGUUUGCUCGCCAACAACAAUCAUUGAAGGCCUGUUAUAACAACAUCGUAUGGUUUGAAGGCGAUGCUCUUGAUCUCCCAUUUGAAGACAGGUCUUUUGAUGCAGUGACAGUUGGUUUUGGGUUGCGCAAUCUGGUUGAUAGGCGUAAAGCGCUGAUGGAUAUUCAUAGAGUUCUAAAGAAAGAUUCAAGAGUUUCUAUUUUGGACUUCAACAAGAGCGAACAACCAUUCAUUACAUUGUUCCAGGUGAUUACAUUCUUUGGGAGAUCAACCUGGUUCAACUGUUGAUCAGGAACCUUGGGCGUCAUAUGGUGAUCACAAACCAAAUUCCCCUAGCAUCUGAGCAAGAGAAGUCCUCUUUCAGUCUAAGAAGAUUGUUAUGUGUGAUUAUGUAGAAACAACUAGAGACCAUAUAUAAUUCAUGUUUGCCAUAAUUAAUACUUAAAUAUGAACAAGAGAAGUCCUCUUCAGUCCAAGAAGAUAGUUAUGUGUGAAUAUGUAGAGACGACUAGAGACCAUAUGUAAAUGAUUGAAUGCCAUAAAUGAUACUUUGAUAUGAUUAGCGUUACAGCCCAUUGAUGGAGUUGACAACCAGUUUGCCCUUGAGCUUUAGAUGGUAAGUGGGGCAUGAGCUAUAUUGUGAAAGUAUUUUGUAGAGUGGACUUGUGCAUGAAUUUAUUGUGAAAAAGUUUUUUUGGUGCUGUUUGAAGCCUUCAUGUCCUUUUUAUUAUUCUUAUUAUUCUUUGUAGAUUCUGAUAUCUACCGAAAACAAGAAUGAUCCCCAUUGUUCAGUGCUAUAAUGGAUGUAGGUGUUGUUUUAUCAUUGUUGAUUUUGUCAUUUUAGGCCCUAUUUUUUAUGGGUCACUAAAUGGUAAUCUGACAAUUUCUUUACCUUAUUUGUGUGGGAAGUUUCCUGCCAGUUAUUUGUCUCUGUCCCUUUUUGAAUCCCUAUCAUGUGGAAAAUUCCACAAAUUAUGGCCUAGACGGAAAUAAGUGAAACGGAAAAAACUUGUAUUUCUAGUGUUAUAGGGUAAUACUAAUGUGAAUACUCCUAGGUUGUCCAUAUUGGUCUUGUCUGACAGGUGGGUUCAAUUGGUUUCAAUUUUGUGAAAUGUGGGAAAAAGGAAAGGAGAAAACAUUACUAUUUUUUGGUGCCAUACUAAGCUUGUUCUCCUUCAAUUUGAAUAUUCUCUUUUUUCGAUUUCUUUUAGAUGCUAUCCUAAAAAUGCUCUAUUUUGCUCUUUUUUUUAGUCAAAUUUUUGUGUUAUUGUUUUUGUUCUUGUUUCUCUUAUCAUUACUAUUUCUAUCUUUCUUUUAUUUUAUGGAAAAAGCAAUGUCAUUUUCUUUGCUUAGCUACUUAGGGGACAAAAUUAUUUCUUUACUCCAUUGAAAUGGGGAGAAAAUGAGAAAGUAUAUCUUUUUACCUCUAUAUUGUUUUUGAGGGAAAGAAAAAGGUGGUUAAAAAUACAUCUCUUUACUCUAUGUUGAUGUAAGUUUGUGUAGAUUUGCUUCCACUUUGUGGUACCUUUUAUCAAUGGUUCACAUUAAACAACCAUUUUACCACUUGUUUGGUUGUUGCAUGUCACUGUCAGUAUCCGUUUUGAGUUCCAACAAAAACCACUCGUUUGCAUAUAAGGUUAAAGUUGGUAUUUUCUGAUUUUUUGACACAUGAAGCGGCACCGUUUCUUGUGUAUCCUCUCCUAAAAUGAUAUAAUCUGGGAAAGACCUAGGAAAAGCCGCCCAAAAAGUGCAUGGCACACAUUCUGCGGCAGCAUCUGGACACACCCUUAAACUUGAAUUUUUCAUUCUUUUCAUCAGCAAAAAAUCGCUUUACUAAUUUGAUGCAUUCUGAUUUAUU